AUGGAGAUGAAUGCAAACAAGGCUUCGAGCAACGAGAAUACAGAUAUCGUUAUCUUGGAUGGCAUUGUAGAUUACAUCUUCAGUAAAGGGAGGAGCCCUUACGACCAUGAAUUAGAAGAUUUCAUCAACAACAGGCUUGAAAUGGACCUUCCCGUGAGCCAAUAUUUGGAAAUAAUCAAGAGAUUGAAGAAGACUUACAGGGAGCAGGUGGGAAAGAUGGGUAAUGAUUUGGCUCUACAGGAUCCACAUAAUGUGAAGUUGUUUGAUCUGGCGGACAUUGUUUGGAGUGCUGAUGAUUUUUGUGAAUCAGAAGAUGAAAUGGAAGAAGAAAGUGAGGAUCCUAAAGUUGAACAAGAGCUUUCUUUUUCUGGGAUUAAUGGAUGUGAUGAUUUGAAUGGUUUGUUGCCGAUUAUGUUCAAGAGCACAGUGGAGGAGGGGCCUGAAUCUCUGAUGAGAUCUUUGAUGUUACAGAGUCCAGUUCCGACGUGGGACAGACAGUUUGAUGGUUUACAUAAUACAGUUGAGAGUAUUAUGAGAGAAGGCCCUGCAUCAAUCUUAAGAUCUGUGAUGGUGGAAGAUGCAAUUCCUCUAGCAAUAUUGCCGCCAUUACGACCAUAUAAAGAGGAUUUCAACACUGCUUUGUCAUCCGAUAAAGAAAAUAUACCCAGGGAAAACCUGUGA